AUGGCCACACGGUUUCUCGACAACGAGGGGGACUGUGCCGAAAUAAGGGACAAAAGUUGCUUGCGCAGAAGUCGAAGUACGAGAGGACAGAAAAUGAAAAGGCUGUCGCAAGCCUCCAACUGUCAUGCCUCUUCUUCGGCCCUGUUGACGCCACGCGAACAAGGAGAAAAAGGAAUGCAGCACACGACCGUGCGUUCUGCCAGUUUGUCCCCGCCUAGCCAUUAUUCCAAGCAGUCGACAGUCAAGUCGACCGUACCUAACGAGUAUAAAACGCUUUGUGGGCAAAACCAGUCGAGAACACACAAAACUGUAUUCGGAUCCGCUCCGGCUCAAGGAGGGUAUAGCAGCCCGGAACACAUCCUGAAGCAGCGUUUCAGAAGUUCCAAGGCUUCUUUCGUCUUCACACAGGGACACUAUCCAAAGGGUACUUUGUUGCCUUCUCUUUCUGCUUCUUCGGAGGCUAAAACUCCUCUUCUGGGGGAAACGAAAAAUGGCGGUUUUCCGUCGAGGCGAUGCAACCCACAGAACGAGGAGUCAUCCGGCUCCGCGUCACUGAGUCUAAAGUCUCCCGAAGUUUCCUUCCUCACCGCAAGAUCACUUCCUUCUGGAGAUGAUUUUGCUACCGAGAGCCUUGUCGAAGAACCAGAGAGCGAAACAGUAUUUGGGUCAGGAUUAAAUGGACGGUCCGAGGCAACGCAAGAUGGGCUUUGCUUCGUGUGGAAGCGUCACGAAGGCUCGAAAGGGCCAGGGGUAGAAGAACGACGGUUAAAGAAUCACGGUGGCCGCCCCCUUUUGCGCCACAGAGACGGCUAUGAGAAAGGAUGUUUCGAAGGAUCGACCACGAACGAAACCGAUUCCUCUCUGUCACAGAAGAGAAACGAGGGGCGAAAAAUCGGUUUAGAAGGACCGACAAAGGAGUUGCAGACUGUUCCCUCUCAAAUACAGAGGGAUGGCAAUUGUAAACCUCACUUGGAAGAGGAUCAGAAACCAGUGCAAAAUGACUGUUCUUGUAUUCAUUCACAAGCAGGUCUCUCGCCUACACGAGUCCAUCAAGAACAUCUGAACAAUAACGAAGUGCAUGAGAUCUUGCAUAACGAUACGAAUCUCAACGUGAAGAAAACCACACGGCGGCAAACUCCUCCGGAAAGCCUCGUCGCGUCAGUUUCUUUCUAUUCUGCAAAUCCCAGCACACGCUGCUCCUGGUCUUCCCAUUCUCCCGUCCUAAAUUCGGACGGGAAAACCCAAUCUGAUGCACACACUGGGAAACAGGAAACGUCGGGUGAAAAUCUGGGAAAGGCAGGCGACCGUCACGAUUUUUUUGAAAACCCACGAGUCGCGGAAACAGUGCGAAAGCCGACCAAUCGUGAUUUGGGAAGGUCCUCGGUGCGUCGGGUGGAAAACAGCGUAUUAAAGAUGGAAGAACGAAUAGGAGGACUGAACAGAACGAUAAUUGGCUUGCCCGGCGCAGCCUCUCCUCGAAUGCAGAAAGGGGAAAGUAGGCAGAAAACGCACUGGGACCACGGGGGAUUUCUAACCCCCCUUUCAAAAAACAUCCUGUUUCGCUUUUUCGCCGCGUUUCUCUUUCUGCCCACAGAGCCAGCGCCGUGCGGAAUGUCAGCGGAGACAAACAAACUCCACGUGGCCGCCUUCAAGAAUCAUCAAACGGCCGAACCAGCUGGCCCUUUCUGUGGAUCUAUGAAUCCCUUCGUUCUCCCGCGCAGACGAAGUGUAGAUCUGCUUCCAUCAAAAGGUCCAGCUGGCAGGCCAGUCGAAGAUUUCCCACGAUCUAAAGGAUCUCGCAGGCGUUCUUGUAGCUCUCUAACUUGUAACGAGAAAAGGCAACUGCCUGUUCCCUGGCCGAAGAAGGAUGGAACGCCGGAACUCGCCAACAGCCGACACUAUUAUGUUGCCAAACAGAAAAACGGAAGGUCUCUGAGAGUCCAUGUAGCGCUCACAGACUCCUGCCCUCAAGACAGGACGACGGUGCAGAAACCUGUUUCGGCAAGAGUCACGUCUCCGAGAAGGGACCGCGGAAGGCAGCCAGUCGCUGUUUGUAAUGCGGGAAAAGCAAGCAAAAGCCCUGCGCGUUUGACCCGUGUGCAAAAGCGGGUACCCCGCGCAGUCGAAAACGCACAGCACCACGACCCGUCCACGGCGAAAGCAACAGAUGCUUCUUCUUUAGUGGGCACAGAACAUUUCUCCCUACACCGCGACUCCGCCGGGGGAAAUUCACACGGCAACGUCGCGGCGAACGAGAAGUCAACGGUCGAGAGAACAGAGUCGCUAGAUAGACAGAUCCUCGAGCACUCCUGGAUGUUUCCGCGCGACGAAUAUCGGCCUCCACUAAGUCCAGAAAUUCCCUUCAGUUUAGAUGACGAGGACGAAGAUUCGUUCUCGACCUACAUUUCUCAUAUCGAUACGAGAAGCGCCAUUCCGAUACAACAAAUCUCGUGUCGUAUUACGCCAGAGCUACAAGGGAACGACGCCGAUAAAACGCAUCCGAACUCCGAUUUUUCUCUUGACGAGGCGGUUCGAGGACAUCAGGAGUCACCAGCUUCUUAUGUGCCUACUGUGCUUCCGACGAAUCAGAGGAGUCCCCUUCCAAUCAGAAGGGACAAGCGGGUUGUCGCCGUACCAGAGAGCCGCACGAGACAUUUUGCGCAGAAAAAUGAGCUUCUGCAAGAAUCUAUUUUUCCCGAGGAACACGCAUGUCCAAAGGCACUGUGUUUGGAGUAUCGUCGUUCCCAGACGGAGGAACUAGGCUUGACACCUCUCAAAAAAAGCAGCGAAUCGACGGGAAAAUUGGGAGACAACGGCGUGUCCAGGCCACAUCCGCAGCAUGCUGCCACUGCAGAAGUGAUCUUGUUUCCUCUCGCUUCACCCCCAAAUGAGAGACAUUUGAUCGGUGCAGAGAGCACAGCAAUGGCCGGCGACUGCUCCACAAGGUUUUCGUACAAAGGCGGUCGCUCUGAAAGCGCCAAACACCUAACAAAAAAUUCGGGGAUGUGUACGGACUCACUGACAGAAAGCUGGUGUCGCUUGAGUACUUUCACAUCCUCUCCUUGCAGUCCAUCGACUUUGGAUAAUCGACCGUCUCGACACACGAGUGGAGGACGAGGCAAGAACGCUGAAGCUGCUGGCAAUCCCUACGCCGGAUCCGGUUCAGUUCGUCCAUCGGCAGCAUCGUCUGUGCUUGUUUCUGUCGGCAAGGAAGGUCGUCGAGAAAGCAGAGAGGACUCGGGAUGUCUCUGUUGUCACGUCGCCUGCGAUAGUUGUAGCACGGUCGACACAGUGAGCAGGCGAACCUCUGGGCUCCACCUCGGCGGAGGUGUUCUCUACACCCCAGCAGAGUCUCCUCUUCCAACUGAUUUAGACGACCUACCUUCCGACAGGUGGGAGUACGAGACUCUCCAACGGUCAAGAUUUGUUGCCGCAGCAGCGGAGAGCGAGGCUCACAGAAAAGUGGAAAAAGGGAGCAAAACGCGACUCCCUCAGCGGUGCACACGUCGAAGUGGAGUCCCAGCUGCCUCGAUCGAAACACCCAGGCGAACCACCAGUUCUGCCACGGAAGCUGUUGAAGCUGAUUCCGACAUUAGCUACCGUGUCAAGUACGACCGUAUGCUUCCCAAAAGAACGGGUAUAGGCACUAGUAGUAAGGACAGCGGUCACAAACGUAUAAGGCCUGUUCACACCGCUGCGAGCAAUUCCAACGGUAACGGUCCUGCGAGUGGCACUUCUCUUCCUCAGUGUGAUGAGCGCCGUGCGAGAAACGCGCAACGACAGGCAGAGAAGUUCCUACCUCAAAUCUCAGGGCUGCGCAGCAUCCGGCCCCGAACAACGCCUUGGGAAGAGGAACAGCACAGCCCGGCUGAUGCUGAGGAAUGCAUUUGGGGCAGAACAAGCACAGCGGAGCCGAGGCGAUUCUCUAGAAUUCGUCAGGAGAUCAUGGAAGAGGGAUUGCUUCGACGUGUGCGCAAGUGGAGAGAGAUAAAGUGCACUGCGGCAGAUCUUGCAGGGUCGGUUGAACCUUCCGCAACGCGUUUCUUGAGGCAUGCCCAAAAUCAAACGGGUUUCCUGGAUCUUCACUGGAAAGCGACUGGUGGCGGCCAACGCCAGGAUAGCUCUUCUUCAGAUGGCCACAACGUAUUCACAAUACAGCCUAAAGAAAGUCUCCUGAGUCCAGCAACAGCAGAAUCCCAAUGGUAUUCUUCUUCGCCUUCUUCACGGGCUCGCCUAGGACUCACUUCCUCAGCUUUCUCGGGUUGCUCUCCGAGAGACCCCAGUGUGACUGACUCUCUUCUACGCCGAGCGGCAGCCUUCGUCGAACACAAGCAAUCAGUGCUUUUACAGGCAAACAGGUGCCGUCUGGAGCGAGCGAGAGAGGAGAGCGGGUGUCAAAGCGGAGAUACAGACGACGGGAAAUCCUGCCGGAAAGAUCCAGAACAAGUCACUCCAAAUGGUGCAUCUCUCCGUUCACAAGCAGAUUCAACUGACGAGGGAAACGAAAGUUCGGGUUCCAACCCCUGGAGUCUACGACAGUUGUCUGCAGUUGCAUGUCGCCCAUGGAAACUUCUUGCCGCUCCUCUCUUUCUCGACUUUCCUUCGUCGUCGACAGAAGAAACGGAAGCGGAUUCCAGCGACUGGUCGUCUUCGUGUCCCAGUAGCGAAGAUAACACUCCGCGCGCCUUCCUCUGUCCCCGUGCUUCUUGUUAUUCUUCAGCUGUCGGUGAUGCAUUCGCUCAACCGCCGGCGUUACCACUGCAGUUGGGUCGGCGCGGUUUCUUCCCAGAUGAUUUGGGGAACAGCCUCUCGUCAGUUUCCGCUGUUUCUGAACAGGACAAGAAAUGCGACGGUCUGAUAACACCGAGCGUCAACAGCAGAUCGCGCGUCGUGGAAAGAAACGAUUUGCAGGACGCCAUGGUCUGCUGUUUCCGAUGGUUUAGGAGCGCCCGAAGACAUAUCCCCCAUUCCACCGCAGGCAAUAGUCGACAGCCGAGAGUUUGUCGGGUGGACGACAGCGUCGCACCCACCUCGAAGCCGCCACAAAAAGCAUUUCCAUCUGAUUCGGCGACUAAGUGGAAAGUGAGACGAACGCAAACCAGCAGCCCAGCGGGGGAAAGCGGCGGGCAAAACGGUAAAGACGAGAGGAAUGACAGACAGUUCGACGGAGGAGUAAGAAAAGCUCCACUGGUCAAAACACACGGUUUGUGUCGGAACCGAUUCAGAGGGGGACACGCGGAUACCCACCGGGCGUCACAGACCCAGCAAGCUGCGUGCUGCCUCAUGCAAGAUUCCUCCGAAUUCGGACCCCCCUCUGAACGUGAAACGAAAGACGAUACGGAGCGACAGGUGCCAUGA